AUGACAAAAUCUUCUAAAGUGAUCAUAAACACCUAUCUCAAUUCAAUCCAGAAAACUGAUUUGCGCUAUUUAUCACGGAAUGAAUUACUAUCCUUGAUUGAGAAAUUUGCCGAAGUCGUUGAUUCUGACUGUGAUGAUUCAUUGGACUCCAUUGCCAAUUGUUCGUUAGAUGUCGCCAAUCCACUGUUCAAAACAAUCGUCGCUCAGCACGACUUAUUAAUAAGAACCUUAUGUCAUCAAUAUCAGUCCAAGGCCAAUUUACUUGGUUCAGCAUGUCUCUCUCCGCAAUCAAACGCGUCUUCGUCACAAGCUUUCGUCAGUAAUCGUUCCACACAAACUCAAUUUAAAGAAUUUUGCUCACCAUCAACAGUACAAAGCAAUCAUAGUCUCUCGUCAAUUUCUUGUUCGGAUAGUAUUAUGUCACCCAAUCACGAUAUUAAUCAUACCGGCGACAAGUCUAACAAUUCUAAUCCGUAUGCUGCUGUUGUUACCUCAUCGCCAAUACCGCCUACAUCGUUAGCAAAUAUGAAUUCAAGUAAAAAAGCUGAUAGCACCAGCCCUAAUUCGAAUCCACUCCUUUCACAAAAAUCGUUUAUCCAUCCGACACCUGUUUUAGUCACCGUAACAGGAUCGAGUAUCACUCAAGAUCUCGAACCCAGUACAGUCAAUCUAAAGAACAAACCGUAUCGUUUCCUAAUCCGGACAAAGAAAGGCUGUACCAUUGAACAGAUGACGGAAUAUUUACAGGACAAACAUUUCCAGCCAUCUCCUCAUUUUGUUAUGAAUAUUGGUACAAUUAAUUUGAAACAUGACGACCCUGGUAUUGCAUUAGAUAAAACAAAACUACUUGUCCAGUCGUUCAAAAAAUCUUAUCCUCAAUCUUCAUUAGCAUUAACAACAUUGUCUCCUCUUCUUGUUCGUGGCACUAAAUCGUCAGUUGAUCAUGUGCGUAAUGAUAUUACGGAAUAUAAUCGGUUGUUGACCUCUAUUGAUGGUGUUGAUAUUAUCAAAGUGAACUAUGAUGACAGAUCGAUGGUAUGUGUAGAUGGUAUCCAUUUAAGUGACUCAGGAACUCGUGAGUUAAGUCGCUCGAUUGACGACUACUUUUCGAGGUAUAUUUAG